AUGAGUUAUAGUGAUGAAAAACGAAAAUCAGAAGAUCAUGAUCAUAAGAAUGACGGAUCAACUUUGUAUGUAUCAAAUUUAAGCUCAAAAAUAACAACCACAAAACUACAAGAUAUAUUUGAAAAAUAUGGAACAAUAGAAAAAUGCUACGUUAUUAGUAACCCAAUUACUAAAGAGUCGAGGAAUUUUGGGUUUGUUACAUUUAAUUCAUCUGCUGAUGCAGAAAAUGCUAUGAAUAAAGCAAAUAAAAUGGAUAUAGAAGGAAGAGUUAUUAACGUAGAAAUAGCCAAAAGAAAUGAGCCACAUGAGCCAACUCCUGGAGAAUACAAAGGAGUACAAAAUAUGCUGAAGAGGUAUCCAAUGCGACAUGACUAUUACGGAAGGAGAUAUGAUCCACAUUUUGACAGAAGAAAAUAUGAUUCAAGAAGGCCUAAUCCCUAUAAUCGAGAUUAUGGAAAAGGCUACGGAUACAGAAAUACUUCAUUUAGGCAAUAUGAUAAAUAUAAUAGAAAUUCUUAUGAGCAUAGACAUUAUGACCGACGAUCUAUAGAUAAUAAAUAUCACAAAAAAGGAGAUUAUUAUAAAAGACGUUCAAAAAGUAGUGAUGAUGAAAAAAGAUAUUCAAGAGAUGAUAGUAGAAGAAGAAAAAGAUAUGAUAGAACUAGAAAAUCCACAAGUGUAUCAGGCAGUGAAAGACAUUAUCGAAAUUCUUCCAUUGAUAGGAGUUCAUUCCAAAGACGAAAAUAA